GAUGGAGACUGUACUGGAGUCACACCUUGAGGAGCAAGUCAGACGUGGAGAGACAGAGGAGGAGGAGGAGGAUGACCGAGAGCUGAUGAAGCUGGAGGGGACUCAGGAGCUUCUCCGGAACUUGGACAAGCCAGACGAGCUGUCUCCUGAAUCCUACAGGGUCAACUCCCCCGACGAGGUCCGACUGUUGGCCAUCGCAGACAACUUUCAGCGUCAGUAUUCACACUUGUAUCCCGACCGCAAACCGCUGCUGCUCUGCCCGGUCAACGAAUGUGGUGUCAAGAAGUUUGUGUCUAUGACUCUUCGGCCCACACCCACAAUCUACCCUGACCUUUUCAACUGGGAAGGCUGUGCCUCCUUUGUGGCUGACUUCCUGUCUCUGGACCCUUUGGACCCUCCUGCGGACCUGCCCCGCUACCUGUUCUCCCCCAACUCGGUGCUGCAGACUCAGAGAGCCACGUGUUUUGAGUUUGCCACCCUGCUGUGCAGCCUGCUGCUCGGCGCUCACUACGACGCGUACUGUGUCAGCGGCUACGCAGUCAGAGAGAUGUGUCUGCUCGACCAGAGCCUGAAGGAGUGCCCCCUGCUGGACACUGAGGUCGAGAGUGUGAUCUCAGAGCAGGAGUUGCAGGACAAUAAAUACACAGUGAAACCUCUGAGGGAGCUGAAGAGUCACUUUUUGAUGCAGCAAGAGAAGAAGAAACAGGACGCCGAAGCUGCGCUGCUUCAGAAACAAAAACUUCUGGAGAGCGGGCAGUCGCCGGAUGACCCCCUGCGAGGACUGCGAGUGCACUGUUGGGUGCUGGUGCUGUCAGGGAGUCGCAGCGUCCAGGAGAACUUCUUCAUCGACCCUCUGACUGGGAAAAGCUACGCCACUGACGAUGACAACUUCCUGGGCAUCGAGAGUGUGUGGAACAAUCUCAACUACUAUGUUAACAUGCAGGACUGCAGGAACGGCUGCGCUGAUAUGGUGUAUGACCUGGAAGAUUUAAAGAUGUGGGAGCCAAUCUUGUACGGUGCAACCAGCAAAAAGCAGCUGAUACUCGACGUCUUGAAGAAGAAGGAGAGUAAGAUGAUGAGCACAAUCAACAAGGAUGAUGAGGACGAGGAGCAGCCCAGAGUUUUUGAGAUGCCGAGAUCCUGGGUCAGUUACAUCAAUAUCUCGAAAAAAGACCUGGAGAAUCGCUGGCUGGGGGGACAGAAGGUGACCUGCUACAGAAAAGCAAAGCUGGAGAGGUUUGCACCAUACCUGAAGUCAGACGGCCUGGUCACACGACUGACUGCAUACAAAGACCUGGACUGCACUGAGGUCGUCACGGUGAAGGAACGGUAUCAACACAGAAAGGACCACCUGGAGGAGAGGGAGGUCAACAAGGUCGACAACUUCACCAUAGAGCGCUUCAAACGUGGACGAAGUUUCCACCUUCUAUUUCACAGGUACAUAUCCUGGAGCAUUGACACUGAGCGCGAGAUGGCGUUCAACAGUGCUCGUGCUGAUAAUCUGGUGCGGCGGAUGGAGUUACCGGAUGAAAUGACGGAGAUCUUUGAGGGCCGGGAGGACUUCCUCUACUACCGGCACACCGUCUUCAGUCGACACAUCCGGUUUUCAGUCUUUAAUCCGGAUCUCCGACCAGCACAGAAAGUGGUGGAGCGUUUCCACAGGAACAGAUCCAAACCGGCCAGCGAAGACGUGGCCGAGCGAGUGUUCCUAAUAACCCAAAGACGGAUAGAGGUGACCUAUCACUUAGAGGAUCACAGAUUUAUCCCUUCAAGGAGGAGCUUCAUCAAACCAGAAGAGUCAACGGAACAAAAGAAGGCAGAGGAUUUCACACCGGACAUGGUCUCCAGCUUCCAGGUGGAUCCAUCUGAGAAGCCUCUAAGCACCCUGACUCUGUGUGAGAUGCUGGUGGUCCUGAUGAAGGAUGAAGAGAAGGUGCUUCUCCAAAUCGAAGAUUCUAAGAUGGAGGUGAAAGACAUUCUGGCAUGCAGAAAGCAGGAGGAGGAAGACAUUCAGCUACACUUCUCACCAUGGACGACAACAGGAGCUGCCAGGGCCCGCAGUCAAAGACAGGAAAUGGAGCGUCUGGCUGUGGAGGAGCAGAAGUGGCUGCAGGAGAAGGAGAAGGACAUCCUGGCUCCCCUCCUGAUCCGGCUGGACAACACAGAGACUCUGAGAGCCGAAGACGCCAGGCAGAUCUACCAGGACUGUUUGGCCGAGUUCAAAGAGAGACUGGUGGAGCAGGCCAACCUCAUUCAGGAACGCUACGAAAAGGAGACUCAGGAGCUGCAGCAGAAACAGCAGUGGUACCAGCAGAACCAGCUCAACAUGACGGGGAAGCAGGAGGAUGAGUACCAGACCUACUGCGCCGAGAAAACACUGCAAAUACACAUCGCCAAGAAACGGCUCAUCAUGCACAAGGAGGCAGCUCCUCAGAAGUACUGUGUCCUCGAUCAGAAGCUGAAACGAGACCCUCGACUGACCCCUCACCUGCUCAGCUGAGCCACACACACCUGCCCUCUUUAUAAUACAUCAUGUAAUGUGUGGAUUUUACACAGCUGCAUACUUUCCUCUCUCUUUCUCCCGUUGUUCUUUCUUUGUGCUCGCAGCCUCGGUGGAGGGCAGCUGUGUGUCUUUAUUAUACACUGUAUCUGUGAUUGAGGAUUCUUCAUCAACCACUGACUCAUCUCCAGUGGCAUCCAGUUGCUCAAUGAAUCAGCGCCAGACUUCAGAGUCUGAAUCAAGCUGCAGUUUACAGUUCAGAUAUUUCUAUUGGACUGCUUUUGAUAUGUUAUUAUCUGUCUGUAUGUAGAUACAGUUCAAAUAAUAAAGUUUAAAAGCAGAAUAACUCCAACAGACCUAAUUACUAAAAGUGUGUUUUUAACAGAUUUGUUGUUUCUGAGCUGCUAGAAUGAUGAUGAGAUAAACCUUUAUUAUUGCCGGAGGGAAAACAGGUGUCACAGCAGCAACAGCGAAAGAAGAAUGAAGUCCACCAGCAGCUCUUUGGUGGAGGUGAUUGUUGUCGCACUGUGCUUACGAAGCUCUCCACCAGAGCUAAUGUGGGUCAGUCUGUUCUCAGGCACGA